AUGUUGUCAAUAAAUUGGGGGACUAUCAAGUCCCUUCUACUUUUCUUUGGACCUUUCUUAUUGCCAAAGAUGAUCGGCUACUAUCGCAGCCUCCGCGCCUCAUCCGCCCAGUCAAAUCAACCUAUCCGCCCUCCCUCGCCAGGUGCGCAGCGGGUCAUAAUCCUCCUGUGCGCCAUAGCGAUCGCCUUCAUAGCCAAGACAUUGCCGACGCUCUCUCCCGAGAACAUCUUUGUCCUCACCGACUCCCGCAUCCAGAUACCCACCGACGUCCUCUUCAACCGCCUGGCGCACAUGCGCCCCAAUGGCAGCCUCACGGCGACUGACGAGGCCCUGCGCGCCCGCUUCGUCAACCUCGAGAGCCGCCUGCUGUACCUCAAGUUCGGCCCGGACGCGCUGGCCGACUGCCCCUUUUGCGUGUCGGAGGAGCCAAACACAUACCUGUACUACGCGCUGCCGGACCUGCUCGCCCCGCACCUCCUCAACCUGGCCCUUCUCGCCAUUGCGACGUCGGGCCUGGUCUCGGGCGGCGAGGGUCGCAGGUGGCGCAGCGUCGCCGUCAUGUCCGCGGUUGCCAUCGCCGCCGUGGAUUUGUACAUGGUCAACGCCUACGACCACCAGUCCAACGCGCGCGCCCUCCGCCCCGGGGACCUCGACAUGUUCUUCUGGGCCGCGCGGCGCUGGCGCCAUGCCGCCUUUGCGGCCCUGGACGUUGUCAUCGCGGGGCUGAUUUGGCUUUCUUCAACCAGGCGUCUGUUCACGGAGCCGCCCAGCCCACUGGAGCGCGUCGAGGCCGUCACGCGCGCGCUCGCCAGCGCCAAGAGCCGGCUGAGUGCCGUGUCCAUCGUCAAGAACACGGCGAGUCGGGAUUCGGCGCUGAGGGCGAGGUCUCACGCCUAUUGGGCGCACGAGGUGGGCGUUAUGAAUGAUGUCAUGGAGGACAGGGAGGUCGUGGAUGGGGUCAAGGAUGCGUUGGAGAACCGCAUCAAGAUCUCGGCCAUCUCGCAGGAUGCCGAGACUUAUGCACGGAAUGUCAUCGAGGCAGUGAUUUCAGAGGAUGACACUCCAAAAGAAUAA